AUGACGCCUAAAGAGUUUGUGGGCCCUCCGGCUUCUACUCAAAAUGUGCUUCGCCUUUCCCAAGCUGCAGCGCAAGUGGAAUGGAUGCAGCAGCAGCAACAACAGCAGCCGACGCAGCAUCCCCAACAGCCACAGCAGCAACAGCAGCUCAAGCAGCAGCAGCCGACGGAGGUUGAUGCCGAUGAUGUUGAACUUCAGCGCGCAUUAGAAGCGUCUCUUCGAGAAGCGGCAGCUUCCCCAGAGGCGCUCUCUGCUGCUGCGCCUCCCUCACCGAGACAGCUCUCGGAAGCUGAUUUUUUGUCGUUAUUGCCAGAGGGAGACGAUUUGACUGACUGGUUGGCUCCUCCGCCUCCUCGGAGCAGCUGCAGCAACUCCUUUCCGCUGAGCAGCAGCAGCAGCCACGACACUGCCAGCAGCAAGAAGCUUCCAGAGGAUCGCUUCGUGGUGCCUCCAGAGUGGAUCUCAGAGGAGGAACGGAGAGGCUGCUGCUGCUGCUGCAGGCUACCCGACAGCUGCAGCAGCACUCCGAGCAGUCCCUCUGCUUCCCCGAAAGAUUUUCCAAACCGAGCAGCCGCUUUUCCCCUCGAGAGGCAGCAGCAGCAGCAGCAGCAGCAGCAGCAGCAGCGAUGGAAGUGCUGUGCCUGCAUAGAUGGAUCCUUGCAGACGGGAAGCCUUACGCAGGAAGAACAACUCGCCAGUCUGGAGGCGUCAACGCAGCCUCUCGAACCGCAGCGACUGCGAGAACUCUUGCUGCUGCUCGUUGGGGAAGGCAGCGAGAGACAAAUUGCAGCAGAAGACUUCAGCAGAUGGAUGGAUCAUCCGAUAGCUUUCGUUGCCGAGUGGCCAAAGGCUUUGCGUAGCUGCACCGCGUUGACAGGUAGUGGCGCAUGGGGAUGCAGGGAGUGGGGGCUUGCUCAAGUGCAUGGGGGUCCUUGCGGUGUCUUGGCUGCACUGCAGUGUUUUGUUCUGCGAUCGCUUCUUUUUUCUAGCGCUCGAGCUCGUCGGUGUCAGCGGCAUCUCCACCAGCCGAAGCAACGCGCGCGGCAGGGGCUGAGAGGGCUCUACCCCUGCGCGUUGCUGCGCCAGCACGCGCUGGCUGAGGCAGUUUCUGCCGUCUUGUUCCAGUGUACAGACACCUCCGUGUACACCGUAGCCGUAGUCUCGUGCGGGCCGUCCCCCGCAACUCGGUCGGCGGCGUCAGCAGCAGACAUGGAUGCAAUGCAGUGCUACACCCGCGAGAUCGUUGGCGUUGAAGAGGUCAUGCGCUUCUACGCAGCCCACUACCGAGUGCUGCUUUCUGCUCCAGGUGCAGCACUCAGCCUUCUGGCUUCAGUGGUCCUCACGAGGGGGCCAAGAAAGGUUCGGAAUGACAUGGACCCGCCUGCGCGUCCGCUGCUUGGGGUGUAUGGACACUGCGCCCAAGAGGCGCUGAACCUGCUGCUGCAGGGAGCAGCCAGCAGCAAUGUUUGUGAUGGCUCAGCGCUGCUUGGAGAGGCCUCUCUCGGAGGGGCCCUCAAGAGGCCGGUUGUAGGCUUUCUCUCGGAGAUGGAAGUGCUCCGCUACUGCGAAGUCGGCAGCCGCUUCAAGAGUCCCCGUCUUCCUCUAUGGGUGAUCGGUAGCGGCAACCACUACACAGCGCUUUUUGCCACGGAUCCUGCUGCUGCAGAAUUACCUUCAGACGCUCUGACUGAGGCGGAAGCGCGCUGGGCCUUUGAGCUCGCAGAUCCAGGGAGAUCUUUGCUCUUGCAGCGAGGAGAUAUCCCUCAGGUGUUGAGGGCUCUGGGCUUGUCGGAAUCUUACGAAUCGCGAAUACCGAGUGCGGACGAGGUCGUCCUCUAUACCGACUGGCUGCAUUGGUACAAGGGAUAUAAAGCAAAUCAAGCCAUUACCAACUCGACGAGCCCCGUCGAGCCGCCAGAAGCCUUCCACGUCUUCCUGUACGACGGGCAGAUACCCCCAGGCCCUGGUGUCUCCGCCUUCCUCGUCAACACGAAAGGGACGGGUGCUGAGGGGCCCCAGGCGGGAAGCCUGGGGCCCCUCCUCCGCACACGCUGGCCUGCCGCUUCCGUGCGCAGUGUUGCCUUGUAG